AUGGCGCCCCUCGACUUGGACAAGUACGUGGAGAUAGCGCGGCUGUGCAAGUACCUUCCGGAGAACGACCUGAAGCGGCUAUGUGACUAUGUCUGUGACCUCCUCUUGGAAGAAUCAAAUGUUCAGCCAGUAUCAACACCAGUAACAGUGUGUGGAGACAUACACGGACAGUUUUAUGACCUUUGUGAACUAUUCAGAACUGGAGGUCAGGUUCCUGACACAAACUACAUAUUUAUGGGUGAUUUUGUAGACAGAGGUUACUAUAGUUUGGAGACCUUCACUUAUCUUCUUGCACUAAAGGCUAAAUGGCCUGAUCGUAUUACACUUUUGCGAGGAAAUCAUGAGAGUAGACAGAUAACACAGGUUUAUGGAUUUUAUGAUGAGUGCCAAACCAAAUAUGGAAAUGCUAAUGCCUGGAGAUACUGUACCAAAGUUUUUGACAUGCUCACAGUAGCAGCUUUAAUAGAUGAGCAGAUUUUGUGUGUUCAUGGUGGUUUAUCUCCUGAUAUCAAAACACUGGAUCAAAUUCGAACCAUUGAACGGAAUCAGGAAAUUCCUCAUAAAGGAGCAUUUUGUGACCUGGUUUGGUCAGAUCCUGAAGAUGUGGAUACUUGGGCUAUCAGUCCCCGAGGAGCAGGUUGGCUUUUUGGCGCAAAGGUCACAAAUGAGUUUGUUCAUAUCAACAACUUAAAACUCAUCUGCAGAGCACACCAACUAGUGCACGAAGGCUAUAAGUUUAUGUUUGAUGAGAAGUUGGUAACAGUAUGGUCUGCACCUAAUUACUGCUAUCGUUGUGGAAAUAUUGCUUCAAUAAUGGUCUUCAAAGAUGUAAAUACAAGAGAACCAAAGUUAUUUCGGGCAGUUCCAGAUUCAGAACGUGUUAUUCCUCCCAGAACGACGACGCCAUAUUUCCUUUGA